UCGUAAUCGCGUUUCACUUCAGCGUGCUUCGUCCGAGCGCGAGGAGCGUCGCAAGUCUCAGUCUGCGCGCGUUUGGUUUUGUAGGUCUCAGUGAUGAAUGUUGAUCAGGAAAGGUCAUAUGUUUGCAAUGCUCCUGGAUGCUCCCAGCGCUUCCAAAGAGAAGAUCACCUUAUUAUCCACAGACACAAACAUGAGAUGACACUCAAAUUUCCUUCUAUUAAGUGUGACAAUAUACUUUCAGAUCAGACUCCAACUCCAACCCGUUUCUUACAGGAUUGUGAGGAAGUAGGUCUCUUUAAUGAUCUUGAGCUUAACCAAUCACAGGAGGUAGAGGGCACCAAACCGAACUUUCCUUUGCAAGCAUCAAGUCAGAACCAGCCUCACAAUGAGACACGAGCUCCACCUGGUCAACAUCAUUCGUUUCAACAGUGCGCUCUGGCCCAUCUAAACCAGAACCAGCUCCACACACACAGCUCACAGCCCCAGUCCCAAUGCACUGCCACAUACUGCACUUCUAAUAAACAAUCACCACCCAGCUGUCUACACAGCAGACAGACACACUCUGUGGCCAACACAAUGCCUGGGACAUCAACAAUGAGCAUGGAUGCACAGUUGUCUAUGAACCCCAGUAUAAUUGGCAUACCAGGCCCAGCUCACCCUAGCGCUCGCCCCUCCCUUCAGAGGUCAAAGGUCAUACCAAGCCACACCCAACCUGCAGUUUCCAACGGCAGUCAGAAUCCUCUCUGCCACAUGAUGAUGUCCCCACAGCAGCAGCCAGUGUCGCAUUUACAAUCUGCACCUCAUCAUCGCGCAUACCAGCAGCACCUCCACAACCAAUCGCCACAAAGACUUACGCAUCAACAUCAAAGCCAAGACCAAUCACAUCACAGCCACGCUCACCACUCUCCACCUGUGCACUUGCAUCCUUGCUCCUCCCAACAGACUCCUCCUCCCCUUUCACAUCAGCCAAUACCUGCACAGAUGUCGUCUUCUGCACCGAAACAGACACACUGUCCGAAAUCUCCUCCACCGGCGACUGGGGGCAGACGAAGGCGGACAGCGGAAGACGACCCGGAUGAGCGCCGACGCAAGUUUCUGGAAAGAAACAGAGCUGCAGCUACACGAUGCAGACAGAAGAGAAAAGUCUGGGUGUCGUCAUUGGAGAGAAAAGCUGAGGAGCUUACUCACACAAACUUACAGCUACAGGAUGAAGUGACGUCCCUCAAGACAGAAGUCACUCAGUUGAAGCAAAUUCUGCUUGCACAUAAAGACUGUCCUGUCUCUGUGAGACAGCGAGAAACACAGAGUGGAGUGAGUAGUCCAACAGGAAGUCCUGUCCAGCAACAUGCCAUCCAACACAACAGCAUCUCAACAUCAAGCACCACCCUAUCACACAGUCACCUUACUACACACUCACACCGUGCUAACACCACACAACUAUAAAGAUGGUCACGAGAGCCAUGUGAAUUUGAGGCUUAGGUUUAUUAUUGCACCCAACACAUGUGUGAUCUUUAAGUAUUAAACAUUUCAUAUGUCUCUUUAUAUAUCUGUCUCUUGACAUCUCAGGUAAUCAACUAAGGGUCAGAUGGAUUUUCCAGGGGUUUGAUCUUUGAUUACAGUGCUGGAAAACAAACUGGCUUCUCUUAAACACUAACUUUGGUUUCCUUUUUUAGUUUCUCACUCUGUUCAUGCCUCUCUGUCUAUUUCUCACACUCCUUGCUUUUUUAAGCUCCUCUUUCUCAGGGACACUCCUGGAGUGUGUGUGCGAGGUGUGUAUGCAUGUGUCUCUCUCUCUCUCUCUCUCUCUCUCUCUCUCUCUCUCUCUCUCUCUCUCUCUCUCUCUCUC